AUGAAUCAGCCAGGAAGAUGUUUACUAGUUUAAAAGGCGGCGGGAGAGAACUUCUAGCAUGCAAGAGGCUAUAAAUUCAAACCUCAGUACCCUAUAUAUAGCUCGAGAGCCAAGUGUGGUAGUGCACACCCUAAUAAAGGUGAAGACAGGAGGGUAGGAGUUCGAGGUCGACCUGGGUACAUAAGCUAGCUUUUGAGUAGACACAAUGCCACUAACACUGAGCUCAGGUAAUCUAAGGCUGGAUAACAGCACAGGUAAGAAACAAGCUGAAGCAAGAAAUACCACUGUACAGCCCUUUCAGAUCAAGAACGUGAUCUGGAAGAAGCAAUUGCUGGAAGGCACAAGGGACAGUGGGCAGAGCCUGGACAAAUAGGCUCGCAGCUACGCCUGGCCUCUAGAUCACGCCCAGGCCGCGAGCGGCCCGCUGGAAGUUGUAGUCUUUUAGCUACCUUGCCACGUCACCGCCUCCAAGACCCAAGAACUCCUGGGUUCCUACAUCUACCCCUCAGUCUGGUGGUAGGUUCCGUCGCACCACCCAUUAUCCUGUCUACCGCCUUCUGUCCCUCCAGCGGUGAGGACUUGGUAUUGUCUCACCAGCCCGAACUCUGAAAAACAGUUUCUUGUCAUUUCCAACUCUAAAAUCCUCCCUCUCCGACCUUCUUGGUUCGCUCCAGCCACACCCCCUACAGUCCUCGAUCCCUGUUUGUCAGCGCUGGCUCCCCAGCUCCAUAGUCUGUUGGUUAGCGCCGGCUCCUCCUCUCCCCGGCGUUGGUCCCGGCUCUCCCUCUUCUUCCACGUUGGUAGGCGCCAGCCCCCCCCCGCAUCCCCCCCUGCUUCGCGUUGGUUGGCGCCGGGCUCCCCUGUUCCCUGCAGUGGUUCGGCCGCGGCGACCCCUCAGCGGCGCGUCCCCCGCCGCGGUCCGGCUCCGCUUCUCCCCGAAGCCGCGCGCCCGCGCCUGUCGGUCGGCGGACCCGCAGCCCCCCGUGAGGCCCACGGCCUCCCGCUCGCCAUGGUCCGCCCGCGCCGUGCCCCGCACCGCUCCGGCACCGGGGGCCCCCUCGGAGGUCGUGGCCGGCCACCGCGGCCCCUGGUCGUCCGCGCCGUGCGCUCACGCUCCUGGCCUGCUGGCCCUCGAGGCCCGCAGCCGCCGCGGAUCCGGGCCCGUUCGGCCCCUCCCAUGGAAGGUGCUCGAGUCUUUGGGGCCCUGGGGCCGAUCGGGCCCUCCUCUCCUGGGCUGACUCUUGGGGGACUCGCAGUGAAUGAGCACCGGCUCAGCAACAAACUGCUGGCCUGGAGUGGCGUGCUGGAGUGGCAGGAGAAGCGUAGACCCUUCUCGGACUCCGCCGCAAAGCUGAAGCGCACCCUGCCCUGCCAGGCCUAUGUGAACCAGGGCGAGAACCUGGAGACGGACCAGUGGCCCCAGAAGCUGAUCAUGCAGCUCAUCCCACAGCAGCUGCUGACCACACUGGGCCCCCUGUUCCGAAACUCUCAGCUGGCCCAGUUCCACUUCACCAACAGAGACUGUGACUCCCUCAAGGGCCUCUGCCGCAUCAUGGGCAAUGGCUUCGCGGGCUGCAUGCUCUUCCCCCACAUUUCUCCUUGCGAGGUGCGCGUGCUCAUGCUCCUGUACUCGUCUAAGAAGAAGAUCUUCAUGGGCCUCAUCCCCUACGACCAGAGUGGCUUCGUCAAUGCCAUACGGCAGGUCAUCACCACCCGCAAGCAGGCUGUGGGCCCUGGAGGGGUGCACUCUGGACCUGUUCAGAUUGUCAACAACAAAUUCUUGGCAUGGAGUGGAGUCAUGGAGUGGCAAGAGCCCAGGCCUGAGCCCAACAGCCGGUCCAAGCGGUGGCUGCCAUCCCACGUCUACGUGAACCAAGGAGAGAUCCUGAGAACGGAUCAGUGGCCUCGGAGGCUCUUCAUGCAGCUCAUUCCGCAGCAGUUGCUGACCACCCUCGUGCCACUGUUCCGGAACUCACGCCUGGUACAGUUCCACUUCACUAAGGACAUGGAGACGCUGAAGAGCCUGUGCCGGAUCAUGGACAAUGGCUUCGCGGGCUGCGUGCACUUCUCCUAUAAGGCCUCAUGCGAGGUGCGUGUGCUCAUGCUCCUGUACUCCUCGGAGAAGAAGAUCUUCAUUGGCCUCAUCCCGCACGACCAGAGCAACUUUGUCAACGGUAUCCGUCGUGUCAUUGCCAACCAGCAGCAGGUCCUGCAGCGAAGCCUGGAGCAGGAGCAGCAGCAGCGAGGGAUGGGUGGCUAGUGGACUCCUAGGCUGGGCAGGUCACAGUCCCAGACGAGGCCCCAGUGGAGACUGGUGAGCGGCACUUGUGUUUGUGGGAAGCAGCAGGGUGACCCUGGCCUUAGACCUGCUGCAUGAGUCACUGCCUCCUGUUACCAAUAUCCCUGGCAAGGAAUGGGUGCCAGGGCCACAGCUUAAGUACUGGGGGGGCAGGGGGCAGUUUCACUAGUAGAAGCCACCCCUCCUACCGCCUCCCAGGUCAGAUGCUUCUGAGCAGGGGCUCCUGGGGACUGUACCUGCCCAGCAACCUGGAGGACAGCGUCCUGAGGUCUCCCAAGGAUGGUCCUUGCCCCUGUAUGUUUCCCUAAUAAAGCCUUUUAACCCACA